AUGCGGUGCACGGAGCAGAAGUCGUUCCAGCCGGAGAGUAUCGUCGUCUUGACGAACCUCGUCGGCUGGCUCAGGGCCCGACACCUCCUGAGCUCCUUCACCUGCAGCCUGCAGUCCCCCUGGGCCAGGUCCAGCUCCGCGGAGCCCAGCGUCUCGAAGGAGGUUGCCCCUGGCCCGCUGCAGCCCUCGACGUGCACGCCGCGCACGUCCGUGGCCGAAAGCCGGACGGUGGAGAUCCGGGUCGGCUGGCAGAGCUCCAGCAGGAUCAUCUGCGGGUACAGCCCCGUGGAGUCCAAUACGUGGCGUCGCUUCCAUCCGUCACGUUGUCUGGCGGGUGCUCGUCGUCCAGCGACGACGCCAUGA